CGUGUCCAACAGAUCAUAUCGAACUGUCCCGUGAAUGGGAAUUUUCUCAACCUUAUGAACAGGAGAUCUCACUCUUAACAAGAAGCCUCUUUAUGAUUAAUCCUAAUCCUGAUACACACAAUCAUUUGAGCUCCGAAUUAACAUUGACAAACACGGAAGUAUUUACAGUCGUAACACUACAGGAGGCAGCAAGGUGAGGUAAAGCUAAUUUGUUUUCUGCAAUAGCCAUUCAUGCCGAUAUUGUUUCGACCGACCAAAGACAGUUGUACGUACGAUGGCAUCCAAAGUGGGAUUUGCCUUGUUUGGUAUGGGAAAUAUGGGUUUGCUCCAUGCUAGAAAUACCGUUUUGUCUCCAAGGGCCUCUUUGAAUUGGAUCAUCCGAAAUCGUUUAGAAGACGCCCAGAAAUUUGUAAAAGAUCUAAAUCUAAACGCGAGAUGCACGACACCUGAUAGACUAGAGGAGGUUUACUCUGACCCCGAGGUCCAUGCCACGCUCAUCUGUUCUCCUUCCUCAACCCACAACAAAAUUAUACAGGACUCCCUUCACGCAGGCAAAGCUGUUUUCUGUGAAAAGCCAGUCACUAUCGCUGAGGACUCCACACGGAAGUGUUAUGAACUGGCGGAGUCGAGAAACCUGCCCCUUUUCUGCGCAUUUCACAGACCAUUCGACCCCAGCUUUAGAAACGUCUACGAUAGGAUCAAAUCUGGAGAAUUAGGACGAGUUCGAUUAAUCAAAGUGACCAGUCGCGACCUGUCCCUACCACCUAUCUCCUACCUCAAAACAUCAGGUGGCAUAAUAGCUGAUUCAACCGUCCAUGACUUGAAUUAUGUCUUAUGGAUAGCUGGCUCAAGACCAAAGACGAUUUACGUCCAGGGGAUGAACUUCGAUCCAGAACUAGCCUCCAUACCUGAUAUGGACCAGGUUCUUGUCACUAUCAAACACGAAAAUGGAACACUCUCUCUUAUUGACAAUGGCAGAUUAGCAGCGUACGGCUAUGAUCAAAGACUGGAGGUUCUUUGUGAAGAAGGUUUGUUGUCCGUAGGGAAUCGUUCCAGUGAUCACGUGACUGAGGCAGGUCACCACGUGACCAGAGAGCCUCGCAUUCACAGUCACUUCACCACCCGAUACGACCAGGCCUACAGCAAUGAACUUGAACAUUUUCUUGACGUCCUGGAAGGAAAAUCCGAGUUACUGGUGACGAAAGAUGACACUAUCGAGACGAUGAGACUGAUUCGAGCGUGUAAACUGUCAAUAGAGACCGGAAGUCCGGUGGAGUUCGACGAGAUGUCUUAACUUAAUAAUAUGACAAUGAAACUUCCCUAUAACGGGCGGACGUCAUGU